AUGUCUCGACGCAAAUCGAAAAUCGCCCUGCGGAAGGAUAUCGCCGACGAAAGAGUCGCCUACGAGGAUGACGACUCACACAAAGCCGGUGAAGAGCCAAGCUCCGGAUCUGAACGUGUUUCCCCGAUCGGCAAAACCGACACGCCGCGUCGCUCACAGCGUCCACGGUCGGCCAGUAAGAGGUACUCGCAGGACUUUGUCUCGAGCAACAGAAGUCCUCGCCAGGCACGUAAAUCGGUGGCGCCAGUCUACACAGUUUCUGACAGUGAUGAAAGUGAAGCAAGUGGCAGCCAGGAGUCGGACGAGGAUCUCGAGCUACGGUCGGACGAGGAGGACGCCCUCGAAGAGCUGGGUCGUAAAGUGUCGGCCACUACGCUAUUCGAAGAACGGACGGAUGUGGCGGGACAACACAUCUUCGGCUUUCGCACCCCGCGGAAGCGUCAGUCGAUGAGCGCGGUGGCUGCGUUGGCAAGCGUCCAGCGGACACCACAAACACCGCGUACUCCGGGUGCGCUAGCCGCCCGUAUGCCUCGCACACCACGCACACCGGCAACCGGUGGUCGAGCGCAGACGUGGUCGUCCGCUUCCGUCACCAAGACACCGGCUCAUGUCCGCAGUAGGGCGAAGAAAGCGAUCAAGAAGAUCCUUCAGGCGGACGAGCAUUCAGAUUUCUCACCCGACGAAAGCGAUUACUCGCCCGGAGCUUCAGAGUCGGAAUCGAGCGAGUCACCGUCGGCGGGCUCGGAUGCAGAAUCGGACGGUGAUGAAUCGGAUGAGAAACCUGUUGAACCGAAAGCAACUAAGCCGAGGGUAGGGCGCCCGCCGAAAACGGUCCAGCCAGCCGUACCCGUUCCGGUGCCUAUUCCUGCUGCCACCACUGGUCCUUCGGCUCCGGCAGCGGGACGUCGUGGUCGCCCCAGAGCGGUAAAGAAACCGGAUCUGAAGUACGUUCCGUGCAGUGACGAGUACUUUUCGACACAUGCCGGCUCCUCGAAAAGCGUCACAUCCGAUCACACACUCGACCGGCUGAACACACCGCGUCUGACGCAGGACGUGUUGUUCCGGUUGCUGGAGGAAACGAAAGGAUCGACCACCGCUCGCCAUCAGUCCGGCAUACAGGAGCUGCUGGACGAGUACGGUCAGAACUUCUCCCGUUGGCUGUUCCUGCUCAACGAAGGCUUCAACGUGCUGCUGUACGGGCUCGGAUCGAAACGGACGCUACUGCAGACCUUCCACCGCCAGGCGCUCGCCGAUCGUCCCGUGCUGGUGGUGAACGGUUUCUUUCCAGCGCUGACCGCCAAAGACGUGCUGGAUGCGGUCGCUGGGGAUCUCCUGGACCUGCAGCUCCAAACAAGCAACCACAACGAAACGCUCGACGGCAUCGAGCGCGAGCUCUCUUACCUGCCCACCACGCACCUGUUCCUGCUCGUACACAACAUCGACGGAGUGGCAAUGCGAAACGAGCGCAUGCAGGCCGUGCUAUGUCGAUUGGCUAGCAUGGCCAACGUUCAUCUCGUCGCUACGAUCGACCACAUCAAUGCGCCGCUCAUGUGGGACAUGUCGAAGCUCAGCCACUACAACUUCUGCUGGUGGGACACUACGACCCUGCUGCCGUACAGCGUCGAAACGGCGUUCGAGAACUCGCUGCUGGUGCAAAACUCGGGCGCACCGGCCCUGGCCUCUAUGAGAAGCGUCGUCGCUUCGCUGACAUCGAACGCUCGCGGUAUCUUCAUGAUGAUCGUGAACCAUCAGCUGGCUAACGGCGGUCCGGGUAAUCAACAGUACUCUGGCAUGCUACUGAAGGAACUGUACUGGGCGUGCCGUGAAGCGUUCCUGGUCAGCAGCGAUGCCGCAUUGCGCGCCCAGCUGACCGAGUUCACCGAUCACAAGUUGCUGCGCACCAAGCGCACCGCAGACGGGGCCGAAAGCCUACAGAUUCCGCUCGACCACGGACUUUUGCAACGGUUCGUCGACGAGCAGAAGAGUGAUGCGUGA